CUCUUUCUCGAUUUCUUGAUAAACCCUAGCUCUGCGUUGGCGGCGGAGCUCCUCUUGGAAUCACUUUCAUCUCGAUCUUGUCUUCAAUCUCUCCGUCCCUAGAGUUUGAGAUCUACUACUCUAUCGAUAAUGGCUGCAGAGGAUGCUGUUGUUGCUGAAGUUCCUGCUCUUGGAGAGCCUAUGGACCUGAUGACAGCCCUGCAGCUUGUGUUGAAGAAAUCAUUGGCACAUGAUGGUCUUGUUCGUGGACUCCAUGAAGGUGCCAAGGCCAUUGAGAAGCAUGCUGCACAGCUCUGCUUGCUGGCAGAGGACUGUAACCAACCCGACUAUGUGAAGCUUGUGAAAGCGCUCUGUGCUGAUCACAAUGUGCAUUUGAUUACUGUACCAAGUGCCAAGACACUCGGCGAGUGGGCUGGGCUGUGCAAGAUCGAUUCCGAGGGAAAGGCAAGGAAAGUUGUAGGUUCUUCUUGUGUGGUUAUCAAGGAUUAUGGUGAGGAGUCAGAAGGCCUUCAUAUAGUCCAGGAAUAUGUGAAGUCCCAUUGAGAUUGUGGCAUUUGAAUCUAUCUGAACGAGUCAAAUGUCAUUGAUGUGCCAGUUUUUUUUGUUAGAUCUUGGGACCAUGUAUUUUGAGCCAUUUUUGCUGUGGGUUACUGCUCAUUCAGUUGAAUGUUUGAUCAUUCCACUAGUUCUCUUACUUGGUUAUUUAUUAGUGUGUUUUCGAGUUAUUUAAUCAUACCGUUUGAAUCCAUGAGCAUGUCUUUACUGUGAGAGAGACUAUAAACUGUGUUUGUUUUUGUUC